AUGGACGUUGAUGGGCGAGAACCUUACGAUGCGGGAGCGGAACCGAUCGACUGGCAGGCGAUCAGGCAGGCCGAGCGGAUGGGACCAGCCGAGUGGAGCGGCGAGGACGGCUUCCAGGCUCUGCGGCUCUCCUUCCGCGUGCCGCUGGACCACCGCAACCAAGAGUCCACGGAGCGGAUCGCGCUGUGCGCAGUUCUGGUCUUCGGGCCCGGCCUGCCCGUCCUCUCGCCCGGCAACGCCGACAGCCCCGAGAACAUCCUCCGCUCGCUCACACCGCCCAAGACAAAGCGGCCCAUCCUAGUCUACCUCUGCGGCGGGCCCGGCAGCGCCAACCCGGCCUUCGCCCUCCCCGAUCUCAACCGCGCCAUCCUCCAGCGCCAGCAUGCCAUCCUCUACCUCGACUACCGCGGCACGGGCGACAGCACGCCGAUCACGGCGGAGCGGCUCCGCUCGAUCGACGGCGGCGGCAGCGACGCCGCCGACCCGUCCGGACGCCGGCGCGCGGCCUACCUGCGGCACUUCACGCAGGACGCCAUCGUGGCCGACCUCGAGGCCGUGCGGCUGGCGCUCAACGGCGUGCGCUUCGUCCUGCUCGCCCAGUCCUUCGGCGGCUGGAUCGCCACCACCUACCUGUCCUUCCUGCCGCGCGCGCUCGACGCCGUCUACAUCGCCGGCGGCGUGCCGCCGCCCUUCGGCGCGUCGCCCGACGCCGUGUACAGCAAGCUGUACGACCGCGUCCGCAAGGCCAACGAGAGGUACUACGAGCUGUAUCCCGACAACCAGGAGAAGGUGGUGAAGGUGGUGCGCGCGCUGGCGCGCAUGGGUGGCGGCAGGGGCGUGGAGCUGCCCCCCGGGGCGCACGGCCAGCGACUCACCGCGCGUGGGUUCAUGACGAUGGGGCGGCGGUUCGGGCUGGGGGACGAGGGGCUGAAGAAGGUGCACGAGAUGGUCGAGUUGUUUUGGGAGGACUGCCAGCGCGACGGCGUCAUCGCCGAGGACACCCUCCAGCGGUUCGUGGACAUGGGCGGCACGGGCUUCAGGCUGCCCGAGCGGCCGCUCUACGCGGUGCUGCACGAGGCAAUCUACUGCUACGGCCCCAGGGUGCGCUCGGCGUGGGCGGCGCAGCGGGUCGGGAGGGAGCAGCACGGCGCGAGCUUUGCGUGGCUGGACCACGAGUUCGACUUCUUUGCCGACGGGCUGGGCAGGGCCCAGCCGCUCUUCUUCUCGGGCGAGAUGAUAUACGAGUUCAUGCUGCAGGACGCGGGCCCGGAGCUUGAACCCUUCGUCCUGCCGGCGCGGGCCCUGGCGCAGAGACGAACCUGGCCGCCGCUCUACGACGUGGAGCAGCUCCGGCGCAACACGGUGCCGGUGCGGGCCCUGGCCUAUCCUCGGGAUCUGUUUGUGGACUUUGGUCUCUGCAAGCAGACCUUGGACUUGAUCGGGAACAGUACAAUGACGGAGGCCCCAGGUGACUGGAUCCACGGGUCGAUCAAGACGAGGACGAAGGACGUGAUCGACUUGCUCUACCCGAUGCCGAAGAUUGCGUCCAACCAGGACGAAUAG